GCGGGAUGUGUUUUAAAAACUCUUGAACAAAUCGGUUAGUGUUGUCUCCCGCAUUGAACACACACUCAGCCGAUCUGACGCGAUGGCCUCUCAGAAUAUGGAUCCCGCAGCCGCGUCGACAGCAACCCUGAAGGGCAACGAGACCAGCGCAACCGCGUCUAAAGGAUCCGUCAGUAAAAGGCUUCAACAAGAGCUGAUGACGCUAAUGAUGUCUGGAGACAAGGGUAUUUCAGCUUUCCCAGAGUCUGAUAAUCUCUUCAAAUGGAUCGGCACAAUAGAUGGAGCUCAAGGAACAGUCUAUGAAGGUUUGAGGUACAAGCUUUCUCUGGAGUUUCCCAGCGGGUACCCCUACAACGCACCUCGGGUAAAAUUCAUCACCGCUUGUUUCCACCCAAAUGUGGAUGAGAACGGCAUCAUCUGCCUAGACAUUUUGAAAGACAAGUGGUCUGCGCUAUAUGACGUUCGCUCCAUACUACUGUCCAUUCAGAGUCUUCUCGGAGAACCCAACAAUGAUAGUCCAAUGAACUCUACAGCUGCUGAAAUGUGGGAUGACCAGGAAGCCUUCAAAGCUCAUUUGCACGCAACCUACAAGAACUGACCAUCAGCAUUAAUGUCUGUCGCCUCGUUUUAUUGGUGUCUCUUUUCUUGUUAUAAUAAUGUAAAUUUUCUCUAAGGGUUUUGUUUGUAUAUUAUUUCUGUGUUGUAUUAAACUUGCUUGAAGAAAACAA